AUGGCAAAAAACCGACGCUUGCUGAAGGUGAACAAUAGGCGGCAUGGGGGAAGAAGCACUACGAUUAGGAAUCGACAACACGAAAACUUUGUAAAAAAAUUCUUCCUUUCUUUCGGGAUCGGAACUAACAAGAAUGGUUGGGACAACAAGCAUCCAUCUCGUUCGUAUUUUGGAUACCCGUAUAACCAUCGAAGGGUGUUGAGGUGACUAAUUCCGGGAAAUUAAGCGGCGUUGAGGACAAAGAUAUUGUUGGAGUUAUCCUUUUUAUCCAGUACCAACAAACUUGAUGUUAAGAAAAGAUCUUUUACAGGAAGGUUGGCUAGAGAUUUCUUGUAAAAACACUAGCCCUGCACAGGUGAUAAUGAGAGAGAAUACUGGAAUUUUUUUUUUAUUUAAUUUAAUGUAUUCAUUUUUUUUAUCAUUAUACACAUAAAGGAGGAGCCGUAUGA